AUGUCGAAACUUGCUUGGCUCUUACUAGCUGCGCUUGUUUGGGCUGGCAUUAUCGAUGCAAACGUCCUCAGCUCGGGUGGGGCAACGUUCCCGUCGGUGGUGUACCAGAACUGGACGACCCAGUUCUCGUACAAUGGAACGGCGAUGAUCUACUCCCCAACUUCAUCCGGUAUCGGAGUCCAGUCGCUGAUUUCCGACCCAACAUUUGCCUUUGCCGGAUCGGACACCAUCCCAACGCAUGCUGGAACGUACGGACCAAACACCACUUCCUCGGGACUGGUUGGCAUUCCGUCCGUGGUUGGGAUGAACGCAGAUGAAUGCUCGCCGCCAGGUUCGAGCUAUCCAAGCAUGGUGCUUUCGAGACAGAAUAUGGUCGACAUCUUCAGCGGCUCGCUCAGCCGAUGGAACGACAGUCGGUUGACUGCUCUGAAUCCAUGGCUUUCAGCCAUCUCAGCCAGCAUCCAGGUCGUCAUCCACUCGGGGACAUCCGGCACAACACGCAACCUCCUCAAGUCGCUCGCUUCCUUCAAUAGCUCGUUUGGAUCUGUCUCGACAACGUUCCCGCUCACCAAUUGGCAGAACGGAGUCGCGACCGGGCCCCAGCCGAUCAUGUCACCAACCAACAUGGCUCUUUGCAGCGUUAUCCAAAGCGUACCAUUUACAAUAGGAUAUUUGGAUGCCUCCGAUGCUUUCACUACCAUCGAAACCUAUGGAUCGGCCUUGUCGUUCUCCUUGGCGUCGAUCAUCAACCGAAGCGGUGUGGUGACCAGUCUGAAUAUGACCAACAUGAAUCUCGAGGUUGACAAUAUUGCGGUGCCUUCUGGACUCAACAUGUACACCAACGACAUUGAGCGCUAUUUGGACUCGGUGCUGAUCGACUCGAGCCGCUCGGGUGCUUAUCCGCUCAUGGCCGCAAGCUAUUACAUUGUACGCACCAACCUGUACACCGCUCUUACUCAAGAUCAAGUGCGAUUCACUCUCAACUACCUGUGGUGGACACUCUCCAACAGCUCCGCAAUUGAUUGCUCCGAGGUUGCCGCACCACUGCAGAUCGAGCCUGGCAGCAGAAUGGCCGUCCGGAUGAUGGCACUCUCUGCCAUUGUGCUACUGAUGGCGGCAAAUGCUGCGAUUCUGCUCGGCAUACUAUGGUAUCGACACCAUGAAAUCAUCAAGAGCAUCAGCUGGAUGUGCUGUACAGUGAUCAUGGUUGGCUGCUUUGGUGGCCAGUUCGCGGCGCUCAUGUAUCUGCUGGCUCCAACCACAACACUAUGCACGACAAGAGUGAUGCUUCCGGCAAUGAGCUUCACGCUUGUAUUCAGCCAGGGCAGUUCUUUCAUACACUCGGACACCACCCUGAUCGCACUUGCAAUGAUUGCUGUCGUGGCACAAUUCAUCCUGGGCAUGAUAUGGCGACAAGCCAAUCGACCGACGGCCGUACUAUUGAUCGUGGAUUCGGAGAGUUUCCUGGACUGUGGAUAUGUAAACCCGUUCGAUGCAUACCUGGCUAUCAUCUAUACGUUGGCCGUGCUAUUGAUCCUGGCGUGCAUGAUCAUGGCCACUCUCACCCGCACGACCCGGAAGAAGCUCAAAGAGUCAAGCGAGACCUGGAGAAGCGUGAUCGUUGUUAUGGUGGCUCUGCUGCUCGGAACGCUUGUCGUCUACGAGCUGUUGGUGUUGCCCAACUCCCGGACGAUCACAAUCACUCGCAACGUCGUUGUCGCCGUACUAAUGGGACUGGCGUCGUUUGGCGUGCCCGUGGCUCUAUAUGCCAAGCGACUGGCUUUGAUCAUGUUGCAGACCACGACCGGCAGCGAAUUUGAAGCCGGGUACACCGGAACGGCCGUGCCAGAUCUCAAGUUCGAAGCGCCUCAAGACAACAUUCAGCUGUCUGAAGUACACACGUUCGAUACACGACUGCGGCUGUUGAACUCGACCGGCAUCGAGGCCACGCGAUAUCUUCUCUUUGUCUUCCCAGAGGUUGACCGGCUGGUGAUGGCCGACGUCCAGGAGAUCUCGGUUCAGGAGCCUGCAAUAGUGAAGCUGUCGAGCUGCGACAUUGUCAAAGGAGGCCAGAUUCGCAAGAGCACCUCCAACUUCUCGAACGAGCCUUUGCCCACGACAUCCGCGCAGGUCUCAAGCUCGUUCCUGGUACCGCUCAAGCAGGUGGCGGCGACGGCGACGGCGACGGCGAUUCCCAAAGCGACUCUGCUGAUCCGCAGUGGGGUAUUUUCGUACGAAAUCGAGUUUGAAAAGCGGGCACAUCUCAAUCAGUUUUUUGAGCUCUACGAGCAGGCACGAAGGCGAUUUAUGUGCCAUGUUCACGGCUCGGACAAGGACGGCCGCUCGACCGAAUCAAGCAGUCUGAACGAGUGA